AUGCCCGCCAACGUCGUCAAGGUCGACCUCUCGCAGACUUCCAAGUCGCUCGCCGUCACCGGCGGCUUCAUCGUCAUCUACGGCCUGAUCAGCUACGUGCUCAAGGAGCGCCUCUACCUCUCCGAGCCCCUCCUCGCCGUCACCCUCGGCAUCCUCGUCGGCCCCUAUGUCCUCAACUGGGUCGACCCGCUCUCGUGGGGCACCGAGGAAAACACAAACGAGCUCACCUACCAGUUCACCCGCAUCAUCAUCGGCAUCCAGGUCCUCUUUUGCGGCAUCUCGCUGCCCAAGGCCUACCUCUGGAAGGAGAAGCUCAGCCUGUUUGUCCUCCUCUUUGCCGUCAUGACUACCGCCUGGCUCGUCACCGCACUCCUCGUCUGGGGCCUCAUCCCGGACCUCACCUUCCUCGAGAGCCUGUGCAUCGCCAGCUCCCUCGCACCCACCGACCCCGUCCUGGCCAACUCGAUCACCAACGGCCGCUUUGCCGAAAAGUACGUCCCCACCAACGUGCGCAACAUCCUCGUCGCAGAGAGCGGCGCAAACGACGGCCUCGGCUUCCCCUUUCUCUACCUCGCCAUCUACCUCCUCGCCCGCAACGGCGAGGACGCCAACACCUCGGUCGCCACCGAGGUCGGACGCUGGGUGUACGCCGUCGUCAUCUACCAGAUCCUCCUCUCGAUCUGCUUUGGCGCCCUGCUCGGCUACGUCGCCCGCAAGACGCUGCGCUGGGCCGAGGCCCGCUCCUACAUCGACAAGGCCAACUUUUUCGCCUACGGCCUCGGCCUCGCCUUCUUCACCCUCGGCACCACGGGCUUGUUUGGCUCCGACGACAUCCUCGCCUGCUUCAUCGCCGGCAACAGCUUCACCUGGGACGACUGGUUCCGCCUCCGCACCGAGGACAACGACUUCCAGGAGAUCAUCGACUCGGUGCUCAACCUCGCCGUCUUCCUCUACGUCGGCGCCAUCAUCCCGUGGGCCGACUUUAGCGACGCCGCCCUCGGCCUCACCGGCUGGAGGAUGGUCGUCCUCGGCCUCACCAUCCUCAUCCUCCGCCGCCCGCCCGGCGUGAUUGCGACGACCAAGCUCAUCCCCGCGCUCCGCGACUACAAGGAGUCGGCCUUUGCCGGCUUCUUUGGUCCCAUUGGCAUCAGUGCCAUCUUCUACAUUCAGGUGGCGCUGCGAGAGCUGCCCGAUGACGGCACGCGCGACCGGCUGCGGCGGCUGUACACGCCCGUCGUCUUCUUCUGCGUAUUUAGCAGCGUGCUCGUGCACGGCGUCACGAUCCCCGUCUCGAAGCUGGGGCCGGGCGUCAUGAAGCGCACGGCGACGCUGACGCAGACCAAGACGAUCACGUUCAGCAGCAAGCCGGGCAGCCGCACGACGACCAUCGCCCCGGGCGAGCGCGAGCCCAACCGGCCCGGCAGCGCGUCGGCCGAGGAGGUCCAAGCACGGGCGGAGACGGAGAAGGAGCUCUGGAAUCCCUUCUAUGCGCUGUGGGACGGUGUCAAACACGUCGGCCUGUUCUGGAGACGGGACAGCUUCUGGCGCAAGGACCCGCCUGUCGACACGACGACGACGACGACGACGACAAAGGCAAAGGAGCGGGAAGAGCAAGGCGGCGGCAGCGGCGAUGGGGCCGGGCAGGGCGAGGGUUCGAGCGACGCGUCUGCACCGCCGUCGGACGGCGAAGGCGGUGCGAGCUCUUCUUCUUCCAACGGUGGCGAUGCGGCUGCCCGUCGUCGAACAGAAGCUGACGACGGAAAGCAUAAGCACCUACCCCCACCCUCUCUCGAGCUGCCCACCACCAACGCCCCAUCCACCUCUUCCGUCCCCGCUCCCGUCGUCGGCACGAGCUCACCCACAGCGCCGGCAGCGACAGCAGCAGCGGCAGCGGCACCAGCAGCGCCACCGCCGGCGCGCGUCAAGACGUCGCAGCACAUCGGCAGCGGUCUGCUGCGAGCCCUCAGUCGCGAGCUGGCAGAAGAGAGGGCCGAAGCGUCCACCGAGGCCGAGAACGGGUACGAGAGGAGCCAGAUCAAGGAGCGGAAGCGGAUCGAAGUGCUCCGUGCCCUCAAUGCGCAGCGGCUGGCGGAGAGAAAGGGGUAG